AUGGAUGCGACCUCUGCAAAGACAAUUCCCGAGCGCUAUUACGUGGUUCAAAGGAGAGAUGGUUGCAUUGUGAAAAGCUCAAGAGCGCUAGUGGCAGGAGACUUGUGUUGUACAACAGUGAGAUGCAUGCUGCCCACAGCACCUGCGCACAGCCCCAGACUCACACCUUUCCGAGGUGCUCUGUGCAGGCGAGAGGAACAAAUAGGGUGAAGAAGGUGGAGAGGGUUCGAGAUCGAGAAGCAUAUGUGGUCAAGACUCGUGGUGGACAAGACAAGGUGUACUAUGCCGGGGAAGAGGUGGCAUUUGCACGCCAAGAGCUGCUGCCAAUGCACCGUUCAGUGCUGUCAGAUAGGACUGCUAUAGGCAAGGAGUACCAGGUCAGCUUGUAUGCAUCAGCAGUGCCACCAAUAUGCAGGCUCUGACAUUCUUGCUCUGUAUAUUUCAGCGUCAGCUGGAGCAACAGCGUCUUGUUGAAGCGCAGCGACAGGCACAAGGACAUCAGCAUACGGGCGCAGGUCGGCAGCAGCGGGAGCAGACGGGCGCAGAUCAGCAGCAGCAGUUGGAGCACCUCUUCGAUCUACAAAACCUUCGACUGGCAACCUCGUCGCCUUCAGGAAAGCUCGGCAAUGUCCCAACCUUUACAGAUGAGCCUACUGCCAGCAUACAGUCCCGCUCAGCAUCUAGGCGUAGCUCGAGCAUGGGACAGCAAAAGCCACAAAUGCAAGACGAGUCGAUCGCCAGCGAUCCUCCUUCUCCCACCGUUUGGCCUGCCGUGCCGCAACUCGCCUCUGCUGCGUCUUUGCUGCCAGAUCGCACACGCAUUGCUGCAGCUGAGCCCAUCUCAUUGGCGCCCAACUCACCGGAUGCCAUGGCUUUGAUGACGCUGUUUGUUUUGCUUCGACAGUACUAUGCUGCUCGUGCAGAGAACAUGCAGGUGGAUUCUGCACGUACGACGGAGAAGGAGGCGGAGACGGAGACGGCAACAGAAAUGGCGACGACUGCACCACAAACUUCAACAGGGCGGGCUCCGCAGCCUUUGGCUUUGCCGCGCACUCCAGCUCCGCGCAGAAGCUUCCAGCAAAGCGGUCUGCAGCAAGAAAGUCCUUUUGACUUGGCAUCUGGCAGCAGCAUUCAUUCGCCAACACCGUCCCUUCAUUGCGGGACAAAAAAGUCGAGGAUGGGCCUGGGCUCCGCAGCUGAGGUCUAUCGAAAUCCGGCAGUCGUCUUUCGCAGCUCCUCUCUUGCAUUUGCCACAUCCAAACCUGACUCUGCCCACCGCCUACGAGCGCGGUCUGCUGCAUCCUCAUUGGCAUCAGCAUCUCUGACUCACCUUGCCUUUCCUCUCCAAGACAUGGCUAGAGCUGAGCAGUGGGCCAAGGAACAUGGGCCCUCUGGAUUUAGAGGCCACAAGCCCUUUCUUGUCUUGUGCACUUCUGAUCACGUCGCGCACUGGGCAGCUGUCUGGUUUGCUGCAUUCUGA